AUGGCCGCACCUACGGCUGAGACCGGCCUCCUGGCGUCGCCGUCGAGGAGGCGGCGGGUGGCAUGGCGGCAAGGCCCAAGGUCCUCGCUACGUCCGGGAGGAGAGGCGGCCUUGAAGACCCCACCGCAGCCCCCCAGCCCCGGAGGGGCCGUACUGCGCUGGCUGCGGGGCUUCGUGUUGCCCACCGCGGCCUGCCAGGAAGACGAGGACUACUUCAACUAUGAGAUCCUCUUCCAGGACCUUGACCGUAACGGGGACGGGGUGGUGGACAUCACUGAGCUGCGGGAAGGGCUGAAGAACUGGAGCUCCACGUUUGGCCUGCAGUCGGAGAAGGUGAUUGACCGAGAGGAGGUGGCACCGGGAGUCCGGACAGAUGUGGGGAGAGGGGUCUCGGUGCGAGCACUCUUCCUCUGGGAAGGUGCUCCCGAAUCCCCCACGCCUCCACUGUGCCUUGAAGACGUUCCCGACAUUUUUAAAGCUGGAGAUACCAAUGCUGAUUCAGGAUUGGACUUCGAAGAAUUUAUGCGAUACCUUAAAGACCAUGAGAAAAAAAUGAGGCUGGCGUUUAAUAGUCUGGACAAAAAUAAUGAUGGAGUAAUAGACAUUUCAGAACUAAUUGCUGCUUUGGAAUCACUGGGUGUACAUGUUUCUGAAGCUCAGGCAAAAAAUAUUCUACAAAGCAUUGAUAGUGAUGGGACAAUGACCAUCGACUGGGAUGAGUGGAAGUACUACUUUUUACUCCACCCCGCAGCAAGCAUCGAUGAAAUCGCUGGUUUCUGGAAGCGGUCCACUAUCAUUGACAUAGGGGAGAGCAUAGCUAUUCCAGAUGACUUCACUGAGCAGGAGAAGCGUUCUGGAGACUGGUGGCGGCGUUUGGUGGCAGGAGGAAUAGCUGGUGCGGUUUCCCGGACGUGCACGGCGCCUUUCGACCGCCUGAAACUCAUGAUGCAGGUUCAUAGUUCAGGGUCAAGAAAAAUGAGAUUCAUUGGUGGGUUUGAGCAGAUGGUAAAAGAAGGAGGAAUUCUUUCUCUUUGGCGAGGAAACGGUGCAAAUGUUUUUAAAAUUGCACCUGAGACGGCUGUCAAGAUUGGGGCUUAUGAACAGUAUAAGAAGUGGCUUAGCUUUGACGGUGCUAAAAUAGGAGUUAUUGAGAGAUUUAUAUCUGGUUCAUUGGCUGGCGUAACUGCUCAGACCUGUAUUUACCCCAUAGAGGUUAUAAAGACCAGACUGGCUUUAGGCAAAACUGGGCAGUAUUCAGGAAUUAUUGACUGUGGCAAGACGCUUCUGAAACAAGAAGGUGUUAGAACCUUCUUCAGAGGUUACAUCGCUAACGUGUUGGGCAUUAUACCUUAUGCAGGCAUAGAUCUUACUGUUUAUGAGCUGUUGAAAAACUACUGGCUGGAACACUACGCAGCCAACUCUGUGGACCCCGGGUUGAUGGUCCUGCUGGGCUGCAGCACACUGUCUCACACCAGCGGUCAGAUAGCCAGCUUCCCCCUGAACCUCGUCAGAACACGCAUGCAGGCGCAAGCACUGGAGGGUAAAGGAACGACCUCUAUGAUUCACCUCAUUCAGGACAUAUAUAACACAGAAGGAAAAAGCGGGUUUUUCAGGGGGCUCACCCCCAACGUCAUAAAAGUGCUGCCUGCGGUCAUCAUCGCCUGUGUGGCUUAUGAAAAAGUGAAAGGAUAUUUUGGACUGAGUUAGAGGUGAAACGCGAAAUUGUCGUCAUCACCGUGGUCACUGAACUGUGAGGUAACACCUGGGUUGUAAAGAGAAACCGGUCUCUUCCUGAAAGGAAAAAGUAUCAAAUAAUUGUUGAAGCACUCUCUUUAUU